AUGGGAACUGAAGGACGGAGUGAUAAAAGCACGGGAGAACUAGCAAGUCUGCCUCAACUCAAAGUUGCAGAUGCUUCUCCCUAUUCCUUGCAUCCAUCCGAUCACCCAGGUUUGAUUUUUGUUACCGAUCCUCUUAGCGAAAAUGGAGAAAACUAUUUCACUUGGAGAAGAACUUUUCUUAACGCACUGCACUCUAAAAACAAGGCUGGAUUUGUUAAUGGAACCGUCGAGAGACCAAAAGAAAACUCUCAGGAUUUACAGCCAUGGAUACAGUGCAAUGCCAUUGUGCUUUCAUGGCUUACGAAUGCAAUUGCCAAAGAACUGCAGGGUAGUGCCGCACGUGUUGAAACUGCCAGAGAAAUUUGGGUAGAUCUGGAAGAGCGAUUUACCCAAGGAAGCGGUCUACCCAAGUAA